CAUGGAGAACAACACCCUGGUGAUUGAGCGAGUGAAAAAGGACGACGAGGGUCACUACGAGUGCAGAGCCGUCAAUGAGAUGGGCCAAGACAGCGCCAGGGCAUUCAUCCGGAUCCAAGGCUCUGAAGAGAAAUCCAACGUCGAAGUCAUCAUUUUGGUUUGCACCGGUUUAGCAGCCACCCUCUUCUGGCUCCUCCUGACCCUUUUUAUACGGAAACUGAGAAAACCUGAUGCCACAGAUAUUAAAACAGGGUACCUGUCCAUCAUAAUGGAUCCCGAGGAGAUGCCUCUGGAUGAACAGUGUGAGCGUCUCCCAUAUGAUAGCAGCAAAUGGGAAUUCCCCAGGGACAGGUUGCGCCUGGGUAAAACUCUGGGUCAUGGUGCUUUUGGGAAGGUGGUGGAGGCGUCUGCUUUUGGCAUAGAUAAAUCUUCAACCUGCAAAACAGUUGCUGUUAAAAUGCUUAAAGAGUGCGCAACGACCAACGAGUGCAAGGCUCUGAUGUCUGAACUGAAGAUCCUCAUCCAUAUCGGACACCAUCUCAACGUGGUCAACUUGCUGGGAGCUUGCACUAAGCCAGGAGGUCCUUUGAUGGUCAUAGUAGAAUACUGCAAGUACGGAAAUCUAUCUAAUUACUUAAGAGGAAAAAGAGGGGACUUCAUUGCAUGCAAGCCCCAGGAGCAUUCUGACUCCAGUGAGAAGGGCCUUGAGGAGUCUGUCAGUGACUUAACGGAGCUGAUCAAGAGGCGCCUGGAGAGCGUGGCCAGCACGGGAAGCUCAGCCAGCUCGGGAUUCAUUGAAGAUAAAAGUUACACAGAUUCGGAAGAGGAGGAGGAAGAUGCUGAAGAUCUGUAUAAGCGCCCCCUGACCUUGGAGGACUUGAUCUGCUACAGCUUCCAGGUGGCCAAAGGCAUGGAGUUCCUGGCCUCAAGAAAAUGCAUCCAUAGGGAUUUGGCAGCCAGGAACAUCCUGCUGUCUGAAAACAACGUGGUGAAGAUCUGUGACUUUGGUCUGGCAAGGGAUAUUUACAAGGAUCCCGACUACGUGCGGAAAGGCGAUGCUAGACUUCCACUGAAAUGGAUGGCUCCAGAGGCGAUCUUCGACAAAAUUUACACCACCCAGAGCGACGUCUGGUCUUUUGGUGUGCUGCUGUGGGAAAUAUUUUCUCUAGGGGCCUCUCCAUACCCAGGGGUGCAGAUCGAUGAGGACUUCUGCCGACGCCUCAAAGAAGGAACGCGGAUGAGGUUGCCAGAAUAUUCGACUCCAGAAAUCUACCAGACCAUGUUGGACUGCUGGCAUGGAGUUCCGGCAGAGAGGCCCACCUUCACAGAACUGGUGGAGCGUUUGGGGGACCUCCUGCAGGCAAAUGUACAACAGGAUGGGAAGGACUAUAUCCCACUGAACAUUACGCUGUGCCCAGACGGGGACUCCAACCCUAAAAUCUGCAUCCUGGACGAGAACCUGAGCGACUGUAUCACUCGCUGGAGUGCCGUGGAAGCAGGUAUUAACGCCAAGAAUCGGCCACUCAGCGUGAAGACGUUUGACGAGGUGGCCGUGGGGAGAGGGAAAGCCACGCAGGAGGAAUGCGAGUCAGAUAGUGGGAUGGUGCUGACCCUGGAUGAAAUCAAAAGCCGGAAGAGGCUGGAAAUCCGCUCCUGGCCCUAUGGGAUCAUGGCCCUGGCGAGAAAAGCGAUCAACAAGAGCAAGGAGUCUGUGUUAUCCGAGAACGAGCGCGGAUUUGUGAAGUACCAGUCGGCCACGCAGGUAGACGAGGACCCCCUGGAAGACUCCAUCCUCCUGCCCCUGGAUCCGAACCUGGAGUGCCAUAGCCCCCCUCCAGACUACAACUCCGUUGUUCAGUAUCCCGCUGCCCCUUCCGUCUAGCUGGCCUGCCUCCUCGCCUCUCCUUUGCCAUGCAGCACUCUUGCUGCCUCCCGUUUCUGCUUCCUGCAGGGAGGAACUAGUCCUCAAGGGGCAGAGCAGCCACACAGUGUCCUGGUUCGUCCGCCCUGUGUCCAGAAUCCCCAACACAAACGGAAAUCCUCUAGGAGCAGCCAGCUGGAGUAUGACUUGUAACUUUCCAUGCCGCAGAAUUUUUUUUUUAAGGAAAAAUUAGGGGCUGCAAUUACACAGACACAGUCUUUAUCCUGCGUCUCUGCCCAAGCUUUGCAAUGUACGUCGCAGGUUAGAGCCUGCCCUUCCGUUCCGCUAAUGGGGGCCCAGUUCCCCACCACCAGGAGCCUUCUGCUCUUGGAACCGCUGGCAUCGAUGGAAGGCCCCAGAGGAAAGCGCUGCAGGGCCAGAACUCACUGAG